UUCCCAAGCUAAGUAAAUCAUCUCCUCCCCUCACUCCCCCACUCUCAAAAAUCUUCUUUCAUUUAAAAAAAAAAAAAAACACCAUCCUUUUUAUACGGCGCACGUUAGCGUCUUACAGCAGCGAACCAUCGCAAGCCUUCUCUAUGGCCGCUUCCUAUCGACCGCCGCCACCGUCAGCUAUUGAUCUCGACCUCACCGUCGUCUCAGCCAAGUAUCUAAAGAACGUCAACUGGCGAAACGGCGAUCUCAAACCCUACGCUGUCUUCUGGGUCGAUCCAGACCGCCGUCUCUCGACCCGUUCGGACGAUGCCGGAUCGACCCGACCGGUAUGGAACGAGCGUUUCACCCUUCCCCUUUCCUCCUCUCUACACGACGUCGUUUUAACCCUCGAGAUUUUUCACUCCAAGCCAUCGGAAACACCGAAGCCGUUAGUCGCCACUCUCCGUGUCGAACUCAAAGAAUUACCCGACCCGGAUGACCGUUCCAAGAUCCGAACCUUCCCUCUCCUCCGACCCUCGGGCCGUCCCCAGGGCAAGAUUCGGGUGAAACUCGGGAUUCGCGAACGUCCCCUUCCUCCACCGCCUGAUUACCAUUUUGCCCCUCAUAACUAUUAUUACACAAAUGUCCCUCCUCAUCCGCCAAGAUACUCCGGUUUGCCCUACGUUUCUCACCCUCCGCCGCCUCAAUCGCCUACGUACUCCGUCCCCGAUUCGUAUUCUCCCCAUUUCUCCAACCACUACUACCCUACUCCGCCGCCGCCCAUGCCUCCUCGUCCUUUCUUGGAGCGUUCUUACAGCUACACUGGUCCAUCAGCACCGUUAGAUUACUCUCCCUACGAUCAGAGACCUAGAGGAGGCCCUAAAUUCGGGACCGGAUUAACUGUUGGAGCGGCUGCGGGGGCUUUAGGUGGAUUAUCAUUAGAAGAAGGAUUGAGAUACGAAGAAGAAAGGAUUCGUGGAAGAGUGGAGGACGACGUCGCAUCAAGGGACAGGGAUGAUUAUAGUGAUUAUCGUCAUCCGGAUUAUUGAUUGCUUUUAGCUACAACGAUGAUGAUGGGGUAUAUUUUUAUAAAUAUAUAUGUAAAUAAUCUGUGAUCUGCUGAUGAUGAGUUUUGUGUUGUUAAUGCCUGGGGAUUAAAAACGAUCCGAGAAAAGAGUGAGCUAAGAAUAACUCUUUUGAUGCCUGUUACGUGUUCUGCUAUUUUCUUCUGCUACGACAAUAAAUUGUUAGUUUUUAAUUGUUGAAUCUUCCCCAUUUCUUGGAGUUAAUCUUUCAAUGUCUUUUUUCUGUGUUGCUGAAUAUGAUGGUAGGUAGUUGAACUUGUGGUUAAUGAAGGGUCAAAAUCAUAUUCAGCUAUGGCGGUUCAGAAAUGCUUUGGAUUAUCAUUUCUUACCUGCCGGUGAUGCUGGAAAGGCAUUUUCAUGUGUCUGUACCAAGGUUCAGUCUUCAAGGUUUAAUGUAGUAAACUGAGCUGAACCAAAUUACUGCCCGUGGGACCUCAUUAGAGUAAGUCAUGUUUUCUAUGAGAUAGAAGGGGUUACCGACCUCAUUAAGGCAUUUUUCAUGUGGUUUUCUGUACCAUGACUUUACUCUGUAAAAUGAUUCCUCUGGAUAAUACUUGUUUGUGGUUAA